UCAUAAAACUCAUUCCGUUCAGCUUACCAUUUCAAACUUUCAACGGUCAAUAUUCAAAAAACCCUCUCCCCACCCUCUUACUAUGUCCAUGGUUUGAACGGUUUCCUUUUCCCUUUUAUAUUUCAAAUUUUUUUCCCGAGUUUUGAAGGUUGAACGCGUGAAAAGCACAGCUGUACGUGUAUGUUUGCGUGUGUAUAUAUAUAUCUGUGGAUGCCCUCCUAAGAUUAUCAUCAGUUUAUUCAAUUGUUGAACGCAAACCCAACACCACAACUUGUAGAUUUCCUUCGUUUCCGAACUAAUUACCUAAAUUUUCAUACGGGUUAUUGGCAAUGAUUUCUUCUUGGAGAAGGCGGAGAGCUGGGCGGAGAGCAGCCAAGCUGCAGCAACACGCAGAAGAUGAUAUUGGAAGCAUGGAAUUGACUACUCCUAAUCAUUUUCGGUGUCCGAUAUCUCUGGACUUGAUGAAAGAUCCGGUUACAUUGUCCACAGGGAUCACAUAUGAUCGUGAGAGCAUCGAGAUGUGGAUUGAAGCCGGAAACCGGACUUGCCCCAUUACCAACCAGGUGUUGAGGAGUCUGGAGCCGAUACCCAAUCACACAAUUCGGAAGAUGAUACAGGAUUGGUGUGUCGAGAACCGGUCUUUUGGGAUUGAGAGGAUCCCAACGCCUCGAAUUCCUUUGAGUUCUGUCGAGGUUACAGAUAUGCUUUCCAAGUUUAAGAUGGCUUAUCGGCGAGAGGAUGAAGCUGGGUGCCGGGAGUUGGUGGCAAAGAUGAAGUCAAAGGGGAAGGAAAGCGAGCGCAACAAGCGAUGCAUUGUUAUCAAUGGGGCUGCUGGUGUUUUAUCAGCUGCAUUUGAAGCAUUCUCGAGUGCCUCUUUCGAUAAGUAUGUUGCAGUCUUGGAGGAUAUCUUGGCGGCUCUCACUUGGAUGUCUCCUCUUGAUGGAGAAGCCAAAUCUUACCUUAGCUCAGCCGCGUCUUUGAAUUGUUUGGUAUGGCUUUUGAAGUCUGGAGAUUUGUCAGCAAGAGGAAACGCUGUUUCGACAUUGAAAGAGCUACUUUCUUCAGAUAAACGAAAGGUGUAUGCUUUGUCUGAGAUAGAAGGAGCGAAAGAAGCGUUGGUGAAGCUCGUCAAAGAGCCCAUUUGCCCUACUGCAACAAAAACUUCAUUGGUGGUCAUCUUCCAUAUGGUUUCAUCAUCUCCUUCAAAUGAAGAUACCAAAGUAAGGUUUGUCGAGAUGGGGUUAGUGGAGCUGCUCCUAGAACUACUGGUGGACUCUGAGAAAAGCGUAUGCGAGAAGGCAUUGGGUGUUCUUGAUGGCAUUUGCGGCUGCGAGGAAGGGAGGGAAAAGGCCUACGGCCAUGCUCUAACCAUGCCUGUUCUGGUUAAGAAGUUAUUGCGCGUUUCUGAUUUGGCUACCGAGUUCUCAGUUUCCAUCCUUUGGAAGCUCAGCAAAAAUGAGAAGAGGGAAGAUGGAAGCGUCCUUGUUGAAGCUCUUCAAGUGGGUGCUUUUCAGAAGCUCUUGUUGCUCUUACAGGUUGGAUGCUCUGACCGAACAAAGGAGAAGGCGACUGAGUUGUUGAAAUUGUUGAACAUUCAUAGGGAGAGGUUGGAGUGCAUUGACUCGAUGGAUUUCAAGGAUCUCAAAAGGCCUUUUUGAUCAAUCCAAUACCCAAAAUCAGUAGUUUUAGAGAGAAGUUUAAAGGGUAUUUCUCAUGAUUUACAGUUCAAUGUACAAAAUACGAAACAUACUUAGGAUAAAUGCCAUUGAAAUUCUUACAAAUAAUUCUCUGCAAGAAGGCCCAAAGGUCUAUUAUGUGAUUUCGAAGUUCUCUUGGUUUG